AUGCCUCCAACGGAGACGGAACGCGACGGCAUGCUUUGCCUGUCGAGACACGAGAACUGCCCAUGGGAACAGGCUUUGAAGUCUGUUGAUGUCACGUGGUCUGGACUUCAGUAUACCUGCCUGAAGAUUUUGCAUCUGUACUGCAAGGUUUUCGAGCGGGAGGACAUAUUGGAAUUGGUUAUUCGAAAAACAUGCAAAUCGUGCGGUUGCGAUCGGCUGAAACACUCCGUGUAUCAUGAGGAAUUGGGCUCUGUACGGGACAGGCUUGGCCUGCGAGAGACCCGGGGACACCAUAGCUACGAUAACAGCCCACCUGGACUCACUGCCAAACAGACAGAAUUAUAUUGGUCGGCGUUAGCAGAACGCGCGCCAACAAUUGGUGGCGCUACUGGCUCUGCCGCUUGGCGAGCUUGGCGGACGAGAGCUUUAGCCGCUCAACUGCCGAAACAAGAUCUCUCAUUAGCACAUUGUAGGAAUAUUGAAGAAAACCACAACAAGGAGUUCGAAGACUUCGUCGCCGCCAGAAAUGAAAUCGCGUUAGAUAUUGGUAUAGCUAGUCAACACCACGACACUUCAGUGGAAUGUAUGGGGUGCUUGAAGCCAAUACGCAAUGGCAGUAUAGCAGUUCAAGCACCGAAAAUUCAUGAGGAGGCGGCGUUCCACCCAGCUUGUUUUGCGUGCUCCGAGUGCGACGAGUUACUAGUUGAACUGGCCUACUGCACACUAGAUGGCAGACUCUAUUGUGUUCGGCAUUACGAUGAACGACUCAAGCCACGCUGCCAUGCCUGUGACGAGGAACUGCAUCUGAGUGCAAGCCAACGCGCAUCCACUAUAAAUACUUAUAAUGCAUCUUUAGUCCCGUCGAUGACGUGUGCAUUCGUUUUGAGAAUAUUUUUGUAUAUUGACCCACUGCUGGGCGGGAUAGUAACUCGUGAUCUUAGACCCACCAUGCUACUUAAAAUUAAUAAGGUCUGA